UGUCACUGCUUAGCACAUGUGUGCGUUUGUAUGUAUAUACGCUUAAAUAUUCAGUGCUAGUUAUUUUUGCUAAAAUUGUGCAUAAUUAACAGUUAACCGACAUGAAUGUCAGUACGGAUUUUAAGCCUGUGCUGACCCGCGCCGCGCUUGCAUUGAAGAAAUCAGCGGAUGAAGCUGAAUUUAAGGCUUUGGUAUUCCAGGAACCACAAGCGACAAUAACAACAAACAAACCAGAGAAAUUAUCAACAGAUAGUAGCACAGGCAAAACAACAAAUGUAAAGAGGCCAAAGGAAGAGGAUAAUGAAUUCGACAUUAAGAAAGCACGCCAAGAGGUGCUCAACUUUGCCAUAUCCAAUCAACGGACGAUCAAGAACAAACGAAAAAUGGAAAUAUUUCAGCUGGUCAAACUUGGCGCCAAGCCACCAAAAAAGGCAUACAAAAACUACAAGGAACUGAAGGCGGAACGCAAACGUCUACAGGAAAUCCGAGAGGAGCGCAAGAAAUUCCAUCAAUUGGGCAAAAAUCAGACUGGCGCAGCGAGCGUCAAGUGCAACAAGAAAACGAAGGAAAAGCGGCGAGCGCCUGUUGCUAAUAUAAGCCAGCAUUAUGGCAAAGCAGAACCGAAGUUUAAGAAACGAAAUUAAAAGACUUAAAACUA